AAAGACUUUGAAACAUAUAUUUAUUAAUAGCUCUCUCUUAUGCAAACGUCUCAUAUUGAAGCUUGAGAGAAUUGAGAAUAGAAGAUGAAGGUUGGUCUUGUUAUUUACUUUCUUCUGAUCUAUCUCUCAUGCUUUGUUGCCCAAAGCCAUGCAAGUCAAGCAAAUGCACUUGCCAAUCUUUACAAGAAGAAGCUUCAGGGAAAAAUAGCUGGUAUCGACUUGACCAGUGAUGAGAUGAAGAUGACCCAAAUCAUUACUGAAGCAAAAGUCCUUCCACAGGAAGGGUUGAAGGAGAAGGAUAUGAUAGAGAGGUUGCCUGGACAGCCCCCUGUUGGGUUCAAGCAGUAUGGAGGUUAUGUCACGGUCGAUGAAUCAGCCGGGCGGGCUCUUUUCUAUUACUUUGCUGAAGCUCAGGAUGCCAAGUCCAAACCUCUACUUCUUUGGCUCAAUGGAGGCCCCGGUUGUUCUUCAUUUGGAUAUGGAGCAAUGGUGGAGCUUGGUCCGUUCCGUGUUCACAGUGACGGCAAAACACUCUACGAGAAUCAUUAUUCAUGGAAUAGAGUGGCCAAUGUGGUGUUCUUGGAGUCUCCAGCGGGGGUAGGGUUUUCAUACUCGAACAAGACAUCUGAUUACAAUACAAGAGGAGAUGGAAACACAGCCCAAGAUAACUAUGUUUUCUUGGUGAAUUGGUUGGAGAGAUUCCCAGAAUACAAGACCAGGGAUUUCUAUAUAGCUGGAGAGAGCUAUGCUGGCCACUAUGUUCCUCAACUUGCUCAUACCAUUCUGCUGCAUAACAAGAUUGCACCAAACAACACCAUCAAUCUCAAAGGGAUCAUGAUCGGAAAUGCAGUGCUCAACGAUGAAACUGACAUGAAGGGCAUGUAUGAUUAUGUUUGGACCCAUGCUCUAUCUUCCGAUGAAACCAACAAGGCAAUCAACACAUACUGCAAUUUCAAUGCCACCAAAUUGAGUGAAAAAUGCUUGAACAGUCUCAUUGAAGCUGAGAUGAAUGUGGGCUUUAUUGAUAUCUACAACAUCUAUGGCCCCCUGUGUUUCUCUUCCAAUCUUACAGAAAAACCCAAAAUGGCCUCGCUCAUGAAAUUCGAUCCAUGCAGCGAUUAUUAUGUGAUUGCUUACUUAAACCAUCCAGAUGUCCAAGAGGCUCUUCAUGCCAAUAUCACCAAACUCAAAUAUAAAUGGCGACCCUGCAACCACGAAAUAUACAGCAACUGGUCAGACAGUGCAUCAACAGUUCUUCCCCUCUUACAGGAGCUCAUGGCUGAAGGAAUUCGGGUUUUGGUUUUCAGUGGCGACGUAGAUGGUAGAGUUCCUGUAACUUCAACCAAAUAUUCUCUGAAUAAGCUUCAACUUCUAGUAAAUACGUCAUGGUAUCCUUGGUACACAAACAAUGAGGUUGGUGGAUACACUGUCGUGUACAAGGGUGGCCUAACAUUUUCUACAGUAAGAGGAGCAGGUCAUGAGGUCCCAAGCUACCAGCCACUGAGGGCACUUGACCUUGUUAAGUACUUCCUCCAUGGAAAGCCCCUUCCCUCACUUUAAAGCAUUUCCCUAAUGCACCUUAGAAGCAAUGGAGCCAAUAAAAACCAAGUAUUUGAAAUCCUCCUACUAGUAAAUUUAUAUAUGCAUUAUGUGUGGCAAUUUGAAUACUAAUAAUUUUAGUAUUUUUUUAUCAAAAUGAUGUAACAGAGACACAAGUAUUCAAAGCAUAUUGUUGUGAUGGAUCUGUUGCAUUUUA